AUGCCCCUGGAGAUGCCCAACGAUGCUCAGGGGAGGCUCGCCGCGACACUGGAGAAAGCGUCGACAGAUUUUGUCGACGAGAAGGCCUCCAUCCAUACCCUUCCGCUCGAAGUGCUACACGACGUCUUCAGCUAUAUCCGCACCACCUCCCAGGUCACUCCAUCCCACCUCCAUACAUCCCACCUCGUCCGCCCUACAAAGGCGGCGCACACCCCAUGGAUCGUUCUUCUCGCCGUUUGCAGUCGUUGGCGCAACUUCAUUUGCUCAACAGCUGAGUACUGGCGCUGCAUCCACCUCUAUUCCCCUCGCCCCGACUGGCUCAAGCUCUGCCUCUCUCGCGCGAAGCUGGCCGGCCCCUGCCUCGACGUCUAUUUUCACGGCAUCAACGUACACUGGAGUCUCCUCGGUGUUCUUCUCGAGAACUCCCAGCAUAUACGGACCCUGUCACACGACGAGAUGGGCGAUGGAUGGCCGGACGCGCUUCGUGAGUUCCUUUCGAGCGACCCACUUCUCCGCGUUCUCUCCAUCUCCGGACGAAAGCCGCGCCUCUCCUUCGACGUUUCCUCCUGCGCCAAUCUGCGAAGUCUUGUCCUUCACAACGUCGUUCCCGUCAUGGGUCUGUCUCUGUACACUCAGCUGGAGCAUUUGGAACUCUCUGUGGCUCCGUGGAUGUCCGACUGGAGUCAUCUGCACAAGGCUUUGUCGGCAUGCACCAAAUUGGUCACACUUUCCCUCCGCUCGUGCCUUAGUCAUCUGGUCACUACUUUUCCUCCUUCAAUCCAGCCAACGAUAUCACUUCCACGUCUUCGCAGUCUACACCUCGAGCACCCGGCGGGGAAUACACAUCAGUGGCUCUUGUCAUUCAUCCAUCUCCCACGCAUCAAGCACGUCCACAUCACCGAAAACCUUACGAGAGCUAACAGGGCUGGAAUAUCCUGCAGCUUCUCUUCCAUCCUCCCCACCGCACCCAUACAGCAAUCUCUGUCUGCCAUCUUUCCGUUCGUGAGGGAUGCGGUCGCCAUCGAGCUCUCCACGCUCAACCCGUCCUUCUACACCUUCAAAUCGUUCCUCUGCGCUCCCAAUGACACCACCACCGACCACCCCUGCGCCCUGGUGCUCACCCUAAAGCGCGAACUCGAAUUCCACGGGUUUGAUCGGCGCCUCCCUGCUUUGCCCACUUCUGCGCGGUGCCUGCACGACGUGGCAUACAUGCUCCCCGGUGCGAACAUCACUACCGCGCACCUUUCCGUGGCGCUCGAGGACACGACCUCAGCGGACUUCGCCGGCUUCCUCCGCAGCUUCCCGCACCUCCUCGAGCUGCGUCUCGCUGGCGAAGGCUCGUUCCGGCCUGCCCUGGAGGCGCUGAUGUCAUCGCAAGCGCACGACGACGCCAGGACGACGCCGUUCUGCCCCAAGCUGCGACACCUCGUCCUCGGAGCCCCGUGCAAAUUCACCCCGGGGCUGCUCAUAACCCUGGGCAACGUGCUCAGAUGGCGCAAGGGCCGCGGCGCGCCUCUCCACGCGGUCAAGUUGAACCUGACGCUGGCCCACAAACCGGCGUUCCAAAGCGUGCAGGAACAGUUCGCGCCUUCGCUCGAGGCGGAGGUCCUCGGGAGCGUUGCGUGGGUGUUCGUCGUGGACUUUGACGGGCUUCCUAGGCCUAGGGAUCGGGUUUGGGGGAUGUUGUGA